AUUGUGAAUGAUGGGGGCUCGGGGUGGUUUGUGCCCUGGGAGAGGCAUCUAGCAGUAAUCCCACUCUAGGCCCCUCUCUUUCCAAUGGUACGUUCGCCCCUCUAUCUGGCUGAGUCCUGCAGACUUUCCUUUUUUUCUCCCUUCAUGGUUGUUUUCCUCUUUUUCUCCACAGUCCCUAUCUUGCAUAUUCCCAACUUUGUCAGGCAAAUCUAUCCCUUUGGAACUCACGUUUACAGCAAACUUCCAAAAACUGUCAGAGUCCCAUUUAGUAGUUGAUGGUCAAAGCAGAACCAUCUCUGCAACCCUCCAGAAUUCGGUCUGGGACCUUCUACGUUAGAAUAGAAAAACCCAACCUUAUCUGAAGAUGGGAAGAGAGAACUGGAGGUUAGGGAAAGAAAUAAAAAGGAGGGAAGAAGGGAAAGUCUUAAGCUAGAGAAAAUGCAAAGCCUUUGAAUGUGAAGGGAAAAGGCAUCCAUUCCCCCCGAGAGAAGGAGACAGAAUACAAACCUGGACUGGGCUGAGCAACAGGGAGCCUCUGGAGCAUGUGUCACUCAUCUCUUUCUUUGAGGCUCCAGGCAGUCACACAGGGUCCAUCUUGACUGAAUAAGGGGUGGGGAAACGAUAACAGUUGUAUCUUCUCCACCUCCAUGUCUAGGCUGUUUUAGGAAUCCUUUCAAUCUACUCCUUAUCCCACUUCCUCAGAGUCCUCAUCACUCACGCUGAGGAAUGAUUGUUUCUGCCCUUCUUCUUUCCAGCAGAUAUCUCUCAAGCACCUGACGAUAUCAUAAGCCGGGAGUGUGGGACAUCUCUUAUGCAGAGUUCAGCCUUGGUGAAACAUGAGCGAUUACACACAGAACAGGAACCAUACAGAUGCCCGGAGUGUGGAAAGUGUUAUCCUUUCAGUUCACAAUUGAUGAGGCACAAAAAGCUUCACGCAGGAAAGAAAGGGCACAAGUGCCAGAAAUGUGGAAAAUGUUUUACUCAGAACACACAACUUAUAGACCACUGGAGAUCCCACACAGGAGAGAAGCCAUACCAAUGCCAGGAGUGUGGGAAAUGUUUUAGUUACAGUUCAGACUUGCUGAGACACAAAAGACACCACACAGGAGAGAAACCAUACCAAUGCCAAGAGUGUGGGAAAUGUUUUGCUGACCAUUCGACCUUGGUGAGGCAUGAAAGACUCCACACAGGAGAGAAGCCAUACCAAUGCCAGGAGUGUGGGAAAUAUUUUGCUGACUGUUCAGCCUUGGUAAGCCACAUAAUAGUCCACACAGGAGAGAAACCAUACCAAUGCCAGGAGUGUGGGAAAUGUUUUGCUCUCAGUUCACAUUUGGUGAGGCACAAAAGGGUCCACACAGGAGAGAAGCCAUACCAAUGUCAGGAGUGUGGGAAAUGUUUUAGUUACCGUUCAGACUUGGUGGGCCACAAAAGACUCCACACAGGACAGAAGCCAUUCCAAUGCCAGGAGUGUGGGAAAUGUUUUGCUGGCCGUUCAGCCUUGGUGAGGCACAAAAGAGUCCACACAGGAGAAAAACCAUACCAAUGCCAAGAGUGUGAGAAAUGUUUUGCUGGCCGUUCAGCCUUGGUGAGGCACAAAAGAGUCCACACAGGAGAGAAACCAUACCAAUGCCAAGAGUGUGAGAAAUGUUUUGCUGACCAUUCAGCCUUGGUGAGCCACAAAAGACUCCACACAGGAGAGAAACCAUACCAAUGCCAUGUGUGUGGGAAAUGUUUUGCUGACCGUUCAGCCUUUGUGAGCCACAAAAGAUUCCACACAGGAGAGAAACCAUAUCAAUGCCAGGAGUGUGGGAAAUGUUUUUCUCACAGUUCAGCCUUGUUGAGGCACAAAAGACACCACACAGGAGAGAAACCAUACCAAUGCCAAGAGUGUGGGAAAUGUUUUGCUGACCAUUCGACCUUGGUGAGGCAUGAAAGACUCCACACAGGAGAGAAGCCAUACCAAUGCCAGGAGUGUGGGAAAUAUUUUGCUGACUGUUCAGCCUUGGUAAGCCACAUAAUAGUCCACACAGGAGAGAAACCAUACCAAUGCCAGGAGUGUGGGAAAUGUUUUGCUCACCAUUCAGCCUUUGUGAGGCACAAAAGACUCCACACAGGACAGAAGUCUUAGAAGUGACAGAAGUUUGAGAAAUGUUUUGCUUUCCCCACACCUACAAAAAAACUACACAAAGGAUAGAAAGGUUAAAAGAUCCAGAAGUAUGGGAA